CUCGCUGUUACCUUUUCUAAAGCGUGUUCAUUACUUAAACCUGAUAGAAUUGAAAAUGAUUUGGUUAUGGUUGCAAUAUUAAAUUCAUUAAGUGCUUUACCUGAAAAUGAUCCAGAAUAUGGGAAAGAUGAGGAAAUGUUUAAAAAUACAAAAAAUGUUAGUAGUGAUGAAGAAUUAAUAGAUGAAGAAGUUGAACAAACAGAAAAUGAGGAUGAAGUGUUGUGAAAAAUUUUUUUUUUGGUUUUUUGUGAUAAACUGGUUUUUAUGUAUUGUUGGAAAUCAUUGAUUUUAUUGGAUACUUUUCCAUUAUUUUUUUAAUAUUUUUUUAUUUUACCCUUUUCAGUUUUUUUAAAUAAUGGCUUUGGAUGAGGAAUUUUCUAAAGAGCUUCUGGAGAGAAUCUCAACGUUGGCUGAGAGGAUUGAGAAUGUUGAUAUUAUUAAACGUCAGCAAACAGUUUUGGAUAAUUUAAAAACUCUUCGAAUUGGUAAGAAGAAAUUGCUUCAUCAAUUACAACUUUUAUUGGAAAAGGAAGCGGAUGUUCAAGUAACGAAUGAUUUGAUUCAGAAACUUCUUCAAUCAUUCAAUGAAUUAAGAAAGCAAGAACAAGAAUUUACUUGUGCAAUGAGAGAAGUUGUAGUUAAAUUUUGUGGUGAUUUGAAUGAUGUACUUCCAAAAUUGAAUGAAGUACAACAAAUUUUGAAAAAUGAUAAGGACAAUAAAUUUUCAGAGUUUAAUUUGUUGGAAGUCGAACGUUUGACUCUUAAGCUCAAAAAUGUGCAAGAGAUGAUUUUUGGUUUUAAUGAAAUGUUCAAGGAAGCUGAAGAUGCUUCUGGUCUUUUGGAUGAACAACUGAAGACUCGUUUGAGCAUUUAUUUUGAAAAGGUUUUUUUAUGGCAAUUAUCUUUUCAUAUUCUUGAGGGGUUUAUGAUCUUUUCAUUUUUCCAACAUUUAUGAAUUUGUCCAAUCUGUUAAACCUAGAAAAAUCUCUAAACAUUCACUUCUUUAAAAUAAGUAAAAAUUAUCUGUUAUGUAUGGGGUUCGAACCUUCUUCUAAUUGUAAGAUUUUUGUGUUUAAUACUAGCCUUUUCUCACCUUCUCCAAUAUAUUU